GAACUGCAGACACUACAUUACGAGCUCUCUUCUCCCCCGCCCCCGCCCCCGUUUUGAACUCUUGCUCUGGUGGCAAAUCUAGAGGUGGCAGAGUAAUGGCAAGCGAAGAUGAUAAUGGUGAGUUCUACCUGAGAUACUAUGUGGGGCACAAAGGGAAGUUCGGCCACGAGUUCCUUGAGUUUGAGUUCAGACCUGAUGGCAAGCUUCGCUAUGCAAAUAACUCCAACUACAAGAACGACACCAUCAUUCGCAAGGAGGUUUACCUUACCCCCGCUGUUCUUCGCGAGUGCCGCCGUAUUAUUGCCGACAGCGAGAUAAUGAAGGAAGAUGACAACAAUUGGCCAGAACCUGAUCGAGUUGGACGGCAGGAGCUGGAGAUUGUGAUGGGAAAUGAGCAUAUUUCCUUCACAACAUCCAAAAUCGGAUCUCUUGUGGAUGUCCAGAGUAGUGCAGAUCCUGAAGGUCUUCGCAUCUUCUAUUACCUUGUUCAGGAUUUGAAGUGUUUUGUAUUUUCACUCAUUUCGCUGCACUUCAAGAUCAAGCCAAUAUGAUUGGACAACCUCCACAAAUGUGUUUUUUUUCCCCUCCCAAACAACCAUGAACAUGUUUUAGCUGUGGUUUAGCCGGAAAUUUGUAGUUCAUUGAGAAUGGCAUUUAUAUUGGGAAGUUGAGUGGAUUGGUGUUUUAAGGAUGAUCAAGCUGGUCUUUAUCUCCCUUGCCGAUUUGCAAUAGGCAUGUCUUCUAAUUUUAGUAGGGAUCGGGUGCUCUGUGCAUCUGACAUCAUGAAAUUCUGUAGAGAUUAUUAUGCCUUUUAUUUUCUUGUGUUUUAAAUCUUGGUUUCUCCCUUUUGAA